AAGUGUAGUCUGACCUACGAGACAAGCAGUCUGGAGAGUACAAAUAACCUGCAAUUGUAGAACGGAGAACUUUACUUGUUAAUUAAACAGAAAGUGGUUGCACCGAGUAGGAACUUGCAAUGGAAACGGAAAAACAAAGAAAACCUGGCAGCUGUGAUGCCGUGAAAUCGGUGUGCAGCACAGCAGGCACUGGGGCAAAACCGAGAGACCCCCAGAGGCUCUACACAGCAAACGUUGCGAAGAAGGAAAGCCACAGGAAACGGGGCAAGGACACCUGGACUGCCAAGUCGAGGGAGCUCAGCGGCCAGAACGUGCGCACUAUCAAUUCCAAAAGCGUCGCAGCAAAUAAGUUGUUAUACAAAAAAAACGUGGAUAACUGCUACCAGCCGCAACCGGAGAAAACGUUUUCAGCGGAAGAGGCUCGGCAGGUGAUGAAAGCAGUUAUAGAGGAGCGACUGAGGAAUGCGGAGUACGAUGGAAACGCUUGUUCCGCGCUGGCACGGGAGCUCGCAGACUGUGUUAAACACGCGGUGAAGGAGCUGCUGUUUUUCGAGAGAUAUAAAAUAAUCUGUUUCGUGGUUUUGGGACCUGUCAAGCAGUCGGACUUGUGCUGUUGUAGUCGGAGCGUGUGGUGUCCGUCUGCAGACACAUACGCAGAAUACUGUUUCAAAAACCACUCGCUAUUUGCCCUCUGCGUUCUCUACGCCGUGUAUUCUGAAUAAAUAACUCAAUCUUCAGCUGCUGCAAUGUUUCAACCAUAAAUUAAACAACCAAAAUGCAUUUAUAAAGAACAACUCUGUGAGGACAACAUACAGAGUGCAUUAAGAAACAGCCCACUGGAUGAAAAACAAAUCUGUUUGUAAUUUAUCUGAGUCUCUUACAAUUCGUACGUUACCCAUGAAGUGAGGAUGCUAGCUCUUUGCUGCUCUCUUCUGGAUUCAUUAAGACAUUACCAAGACAAUGAUAAAUUUGACCAUCUUAAAAAUUGUCAGACGACAGUUUUGAAUAAAAUCAGAAAUAGUGUUAUUGUUACUUAUGUCAUCUACUAAUCCGAAGCCAGCAUCACACUGGAUUUCAUGAACCACCUGGUUAUCCUGGUAUACUGUGUUAUAACGCUUAUCAGUUACAUUUUUAACAACGUUUUCUGAAAAUGAAAAAUUAAUAUGGUCUCGUUUUAUUUUUCUGUUUUUUUGUUAUUAAAUUUAAUUUAAAUGUGGGUUCUGCGUCCGGAAAGAUGCUGUACUGUACAGUAAGGUGUUUGCACAUAUGUGUACCGUUUUAAAUAUUUAGGCCUAAAUAAUAAACGAUAAUUAAAAUAAUACUUGAAAUAAUAAUAACAGCAAUAACAACAGAACAAAAAAAAGUGUACUU